GUCAAAAUGUCGCACACAGCCAACACACAUCUCGCGGGGCGAAGGUUCCAGCCAUGGUGUCGAUGGCCGCGUGGGCAACGGCCGCCGUCGUUGCAUGCUGCGUGACGUCCGUGAGUGGCCAAGAGCGGCUGGAUGCGCCAGUACUUGUGUUCGAGGAUGACAUUGCCCCGGCGCAAGAUUGCCACGCACGUACGAUGGGCCACUUGGACUCGAUGGUGCCAGGUGCGUUCGCUCAGAGCGAGUACUUCGACUGUUUCCGGCCGCAAGACCAAGUGUUUGCGUACUUGGACGCCAUGGCGGCGAAGACGGUCGAGGCGACGGCCCAUCGUGUGACGAUCGCCACGUUUCCCAUCACCACGACUGUAUAUGAUCGAGUCGUACCAGCGUAUAAGUUGUCGACGACCACGAAUUCGACCAAGAAAAGCAUCUACUUUCAAAGCGGGAUGCAUGCACGCGAAUGGAUUUCCAUCACGUCGACCGUCUUUACGUGGGCAAGUCUCGUCGACGCCGCCGUGGCGACGACAGCGCGUUCCGCGAUGGCCAAGCUUCUCGACAAGUACGACGUCGUGUACGUCCCGAUCGUAAACCUCGACGGGUACAUGCACACGUGGAGCAGCCCAACCCACCGCUACCAUCGCAAGAACAUGCAGUUUCGGUCGUAUGACCCCCUCAACAACGAGACAAACAUGACUGCCGGCGUCGAUUUGAAUCGGAAUUUUGGCCCGACCGACGACGACAACGAGGACAGCCUCGUGUACUCGGGGCUGUACCCAUUCAGCGAGCCUGAAGUGCAGGGCAUUCGAGCGUUUGUGGACUCGACCCAGAGCGCAACCAACGGCGCCGAGUUGGCCGGCGUGCUCGACAUCCACAGCUACGGCGGGUUGAUUCUAACGCCGUUUGGGAAUUCGUCUACCGCGCCGGACCAUCCAUUUGACGUGGCCUUUUACAAGGUCGGUCAAGACGUGCAAUCGGCCCUCCGACGCGUCGACGGUGGGAAUUACACAGCGAUGCAAGCGUUCGACUUGUAUUUUGCCCAAGGCAUGUUUUGCGACUACGUGUUUGCCACGUACCACCUCCCGACACUCGUGAUUGAGAUCGAAGGCACGGACUUCCGCGCCCCACCGGCGUCGAUUCGAACGCGAGGACGCGAGAUUGCAGCCGCCGUCGUCGCGUUUGCCCAGAGUUUGGACGGAUGGGCAGCCGACACGAAGAGGGUUGCUCGACCUGGCAACAAGGCAGGAUUGUCGUCGCUGGCAGUGCCAUGCUACCAGACCAAGCUCUGGUCGUGGUGCCUCGGAUUUUUAAUUGUCCGAGGCAUCGGGUGGUAGAUCAGGCGCGACUUGUUCGUGUUGUGCAUGAACGUCGUCAUCGUAACUUAUUCCGAUAUCAAAACAUGUCGACCGACCAUCGCAUUUGCAACGCGCCGCCGAUGCUUCGAUUGCCGCAACUCGGCGAUGCGACCAAGCUAAGAGCUUGGGGACAUGCUUGGGCCGACGCUGUGCACUGGGCUGCUGAAGUGCCACAAGCUGAAGCUGAUGAAUAUGCAUGGUUCAACCUUGUGGCACGCGUGGGGUUCGCCACUCGACGUCGCCGCGAAUCAAGGCAUCGCUGCCUCGGACAACCUAGUUCAGUCCAUGCUCGGUCAUCCUAGCAGUCCCGCCUGCCCGUCAGAGAGCGCGCCGACCCCAAACCACCUUGGAUAUGUCGACUGCACGAUGCGGGCCAUCGUUCGACCGCCC